AUGCCCGCCUUCGACACAAGAGAAGCUUCUCCAUAUCGAGCACCCCUUGGCCGAGCGGAACCUCUGCCACCUGUAGGAUAUAAUGAACGACACGAUCGUCCAUUUCUAGGCACUGAAUGGGAGCAAAACUACCCCACACACCCGAAAAAUCAUCCAGACUAUCGUUUUCCGAUACCUGAACGCAGAAAUGAACUCUGGGGGGAUGAAUCUAAAGUGUUUGAGGCGAAUUGCUACCCUAGUUAUCCGCAUAAUCCUCAAGGUACAUACUAUUCACAGCAACACGAUGAGUAAGUCAGUUGUACCUUUUUAACUGCAGUGGUAUUUCUAGCAUCUGCGGUCUUAGCGAACGUGAAUGUAGUUGCUUGUCCCUCCAAUUUAUUAGUAUUUUGAAGCGCUUUGUCAUGUCGUUGCAGUUCACUGCCGCCCCCUCGACUUGAAGUCAUCGAAAGCAGACUAAUUACAAUUCAACUGAUUAGAAAUCAGUUGUGGAGUCGGUCCUUUGGUCGUAUUUCAGGGUACCAGGGACAAAUUACCUGACUUACUAAAUACUGCCCAAACAUGAACCACCUCUGAUUAGUUUUGCCUAUCUCAUUGAUACAGUUCACAAACGAAAUUAAAGUGCCCUAUUACACCUACUUUUCCUAAACUAGCCUCUUGUAAAUUACUCUUCACCUAGAACUUUUGGCGUUUUGCUGCUAUUGUAGUUCCAGAAAUACCCGAUUUUCCACGUUUUUUGGGACCUGUUUGAUAAUUAAGUUAUUAUGGGGCUUCUAUGCGCCUCUGCGGUAAAUGUGUAAUUUUUUUACUUACAGAGGCUGCCAUUGCUGGUUCAUGGGACUUUUCUGUCAUCGUAGUCUGUUUUUGGUCCUAGCUGACAAAUUUGAAAUCUGGUCCACAGAAUGCAAAAAGCGACCUAAGAAGCCUGUCAGUAGUUUUUUUUUCGGAUUUUCCAAAAGACCUGAUCCACCAGCACUGCCAUGUAAAUUUCCCAUAAUCAUCUGUCGCAUUAUUCUCCGAUUUCACCUUUAGAUGGUUAACCAUGGUACUAAUUCAGGCUCUCUUUGACCCACCCGCUGUUUGUUUUAUGUGCUAUGGAGAACUUUCAGAUCAUUUAAGAUAUUAAUUCAUUCUUCCCCACAGGUGGCGCGAAGAUCUGCGAUCUAGGCUCGGACCCCCAUCGCCGCCAUUGCCCUCAGAGGGGGAACGCCACCCUGAUUCUCCUCGUUCCUGGCCUCAACAUGUGAACAGAGCUGAAUGGGACCGACCGCAGCCUCACCGUUCCUCGCCAGAAGUUUAUGUUCCUGGAUCUAGCUCUCGUUCGACCCCAAAUAAUAAUCAGCCAUCGCAACUGAGUUAUCGACCAGAACCAGAGUGCUACUCCUCACGAAGACCUCAGUAUUUUGACAAUGGGGGUCAUAGUCAAAAUUUUAGAGAGCCUCAGCACGCAUCUAGUGCUAAUUUUUAUCCCAACGAUGAAUGGUUUGCGGUUCCCCAAGUAUGUUUUAGUUUUUGGGCAAACUUUUCGUAUGAAUCUAAAUCGAACCAUUUCUACAAGGCCAUGGCAUCUGGGCGUAACUCCUGCACGAUUAAUUUUUAAUACUUCGUAGUAAGCAGUGCGCUACGAGCUCAUUGGGGCAAAUGCGCAGGUGUUCAUCAAACUCACUACCUAAUAAUUCGUUUUUUUUUUUUUACAAAGAACCACUCUCAACUACGAAUAAAUUUCUUGUGGAGAUGCCGAGUUGCGCCAGAAGUUUGUUGGCUGUGUCCAAAGACCGAGUUCGCCAUUUAGCCUAUUCUACAGCGCGAUGUUACCUUCUGAUAAGUUUUCGGUAGAAGCUAAUUUCACUUAUACGGCCAUCUGCAGUCACGAAGUCAUGCCAUUGCUAGCACUUUUUACGUUUUUUGUUAAGGCCGACCACCAUUUUCCGAUUACGAUUGUCUUCAGAACCAAAAGUUUCGCAACCAUUGGUUUUAAAAUACUUUGCUGGCUUCUCAUUGUAAGUAUAGUUAACUUGUGCCAUUUUUGCAGAUUUGGCGCGGUCUCCCUCUGACCUCUCCUGUUUAACAAUUCUCUAGUGUAAACUUGUUUGCUCAGAGUUUGGUAUGAGCAGCAAGAGAAGGAUUUCUUUGAACAUUUGAGCUAACUGUUGUAUCCCAUGAAAUGCAGCCGUAUGUGUAUGCUUUCCACUUGGUGCAGUAGCCGACAGUGACUUUAGGAGUCGUGAAGUGGGACACUGGCUAAUUCGCUUGGUUAGCAAGCCUAGUUCUCAUAACUGAACGGGAUCGAUCGCUCGAUCCCGUUUUGCAGCAAGCGCUUCCUGGUUGUGUAAGUUUCCCAUUUCACAUAGUUUGCCUUAACAAAUGUAUGUUCUAUUCAUGCGUUUGGUGGUGUUUCAACCAUUACGUCCAGACAGCUACAAAUUGUGAAAAUUAAGCAUCGUCUCCCUAGGUUUCUUGACAUACAAACAUACAUCGGUUGACGCAAAACAAUGUAAGUAUUGCAAAAUACCGCUCACUCGACACUACUACAGGCGCAAACUGCAAGAAGCGUGCAUAUUUAUUAAAACUACGUUUUGAGUUGUUAUGUUAUACAUCAGGGUCUUAGAAACAUGUCAUACCGCACAACUAAUUCCUGGGCUCAACCUUUCUUUUGCGUUUGCGCCUCUAAUAACACAUGCGUUACGAAGGGAACCAGGUUUAGAUGAUGGCGUGGCAGUGUUUGGUAUAUACGUAUUAGGUCGGACUACCGUAGCAUACGUUCAAUCGCCUAAAAUGACACUUCUCAGGCUUCGUGUUGCCUACUUUGAUGCUGCGUUCGACGUGCAUAACAUGUCGCAUAGUUGCCGAAUACACGUUUUCGGACUUCUGGCUUCGUCGCGACUACAAUGCCACCUUGACUUCGCACCAACCUCUUGGUGGCUAUUAAGACAGGAGAAUUUGAAUGUCGCUAUUCUUAGGAGUACCAAAGUACCUUGUUUUGUGGAUCCGUUGUGAUGUUUCGGCAUUUUUUUCCUUAUCAGCCUUUCAUCUGUUAGUCACGAUGCAGGUCUCGGUCACCGGUGCGUUACCCCCCCGGAAAGCUCACCGAUGUCUCAUUCAUGCCUUGUGGCACUCCGCCAACUGAGCGGGUUGACUAUGAUCACCGGCCAGUACCUUCCCAUUUUCCGCCACCUACGCCACCGCCGCCACGGUUGCCUCACUUUCCGGGCCGACAACAUGUCGAACCGGUCCCACCCGUCAACCGUCCUCAGGCGCUUAUUCCUGCUGCCGCCUCCGAACGCAUCGCUUCAGAAACCCUACUUGCGCUCCCGGGUCGAAAGUCGCGACCGCCAAAAAUACUAUUCAUCCUCAGGGGUCUGCCGGGGUCUGGGAAGUCAACACUGGCCCGCCUCAUCAAGGUGUGUUUUUUGUUUAUCACGCCUCAUUAGACUUUAUCCAUCCGCACAGAUAUUCCUGACUCCCGCCCUUUUCGGUCCUUUUUGUCAGUCAAAGGAGACUCAGGCGACCGCAGAAGAGUCCCAAGAGGCCACAGCUCGCGUUCUUUCAAUGGAUGACUUCUUCAUGACAGAGCCGGACGAUUCAGAUGUACCCGCUUACGUUUACGAAAAGGAUAUGGAGGCCCUGUACCAAAAAGAAUUAGUCAAAUUGGUGUGCCGCCAAAUGGAUGACGGCUUCUUUAACUUUCUAAUUGUUGACGCGGUGAAUCAGCGUGUGUCGGAAAUUGAGGAACUGGCUGCACAGGCUCGCGCCCGCAACUUCCAGGUGAGCUUUCACUGACGCUGAAUGUAGACAUUGAACUCUCUAAGUCCAUGCGCAUUUCCAAUUUAAAAUUCGUGGCACCUGUCGGCGACUCGUUUGUCCCAUAGCGACUGACGCCGAGUUCUCUGAAUCUCUGCUUAGAGGUUCGUUAAGUUCAGUAUCGAUGAGAUGAAGUGGUUCUGUUAAUGUUGAUUUGUCAAACGCGAAAAAAAUUGCAAACGGGAAGUCUUUCGCUCCGACACUGUGUAUUUCUUUUGGAUGACUUCAAAGUAUUCUGCGAUUGUUUGUCGAUUUGGAGCAUUGUCAGUUUUUAUAUGUCGCUCGGCGCACCGUUAUCAGCCGGGGUCUUUGCCGUUUUAUGCAAUUUAUUCGCCAUUCUCUUCGUUUGAUCCCCAUCUCGUCGACUAUUUUGUCCUUCCUCUAUCUCUGUCUGUCCCCUUCUCUCACCUCUGUAUCCUCCUCAUUCGUUUUCGCUGCACUAGAGGGCCACUUGCAACUUCCAGCACACGAACCAGGCCAACACCUUCUUAUGGUAGAGACUAUAACGCAACUAACUGCCCUAAACUUUCUGCCGGGAUUUGCAUUCCAUUGGACAGCGGUCAUCCUUUUCGCUUAGUACAAUGCUGCGGUUCUGUAAUUGUUCUGAUCGAGUGAAGAGAAUCUUUUUUUUGAAUUCCCACGGAAACGCAUCUGCUGGCAGUGGCGGUGAUGUUUGUGGCAGUGUUGAUGAGGAAGAUGAUGACGUAACUGACCACGGUUGUGUGAUGUUGGCUGUGGCUAUGACGUUGAUGAUGACGAUGGGUAUGGGGGUGAUGAUGGUUAUUGUACGUUCUACCGUCUCGGUUGAGUCAGUUUUUGCUCGCCAGGCUCCCCUCUGCAUCUACUCUAUCCUGUCUGCUGAUCCCCGUUCUCUUCUUUGUCGCCUCUUUGUUGUCUGAUUUUGCAGGAAAGCACCUGUCUAGAUGCGAUGUAUCCAUUGUCCGAACUGUUGUAUGCCCACCUCCCGCCUGCUGCAUGUCCAUUUUUUACCGAUCUCACCUUUCUCUUGUAGGUCUAUGUCGUGGAAGUUGUUGCCAACGUGAGCACCUGCAUUCGUCGCAGCGAGGGACGACGAUCCAAGGAGGACAUUCUGCAGGUAAGGUGUUCGACGCCUGUCUAACCGUUUCCAUAACUGAAGGUCCACUAAACCAACCUCCAUUUCUACUUGAAUCUUAGAUACAUGCCAACUGGGAACCAACGCCUAGCCGAUUCGUUUUAGUGGACGCGAAUUCCCUACAACAGGAGAUUUCGUCGGAGGAGGUACUUUUAUCCCAUUUUCACCGGCAGAUUUUUGUUCUAUUCGCAGUUGUACAGGAUGAUCACAUAAGAUAAGCUUCUUUAAUUUUACUGACAUCAAAAUCUCACCUGAGCUCUAGCUUCUAUAAAACAAGUCAGAGCCCUACCAAUUGGCAAAGUGUUCCUUAUUGCACUGUUGUGUUCAACAAUGUCAUCUUAGAAUGGUCUUGUAUGAUGCACCAACCUUUUAAUUACCCUACCUUAAAACACCAUAUUAGCCGCCGUUUUUGAUGACCAGAAAAGUAAGACCUCCUGUACUUGUCAUGUUAGGCCAUUUCGUCUUCGGAAAACAGCAGAAAUUUUCGUGCUACGAGUCUUGAGUACUUUGCGACCUCUUAUGUGGCUUUCUUAUUUCCAUUCCCUAUCAUUGUCAAUGGGAACCGCCACGACCCUUCCGUGGCCAUCGUAAACAACCCUUACUAUCCAGGGGCGGGCAAUGCUGACUUCCCCGUGAUAUUGUUUCUAACGAUGCAGAUCUACCGCGGUCUCCCCACGUUCUUCGUUUUCCAGGUGCAAGACGGAAUAGGGGCGACUUAAGAUAAAUCGUUAUUUUGCAUGUGCUGGGCCACCACGGGGAAUAGAUUGGAGUCUGGCGGGUUUUGUUGAGAAUGCGCUCCCACAACGGGUGCCAACAAUGGGCGUGCGGUGGCACGCCCAGGCACGGGUUUCUGCCGCGCCAGCCACCUUCUCCCCCUACCGCCUCCUGUUUUGCUUCGAUUCUGACGCCGUGUCCGGGUGGGGAAGAGAGUGCGGUGGGUGUCUCGAAGGGUCACUACCACUACUACCACCACCACUACUACCACCACCACUGUAAACUAAUUCACGUCCAAGUCACCGUCCCUGCACUCACCCUGCGGUAGGGCACACGGUUGACAUCGUCUGUCACGACGGUCGGACUACCGUAGGCACCGACUUAAGUGCCUAUUCGCGGCCUCGAAAUUCGCUAGAAGACUUCUGCUGGUUAACGUUGGAAUAUCCAGCUAUGUUCAUCGUAACAGUGGGGUGUAUGGUUUGCGGACCAAGGCAGUUAAUACCAUGACAGCUGCUGCUUUGUGCAUGCUCACUCCCUUCCGCCAAGACUAGAGACUAGACACAGUGGAUGCACAUCCACAGCGCACAUGGUCAACAGAUGAAACAAAAUCAAAGCUGUCUCUUCACACCUAAACGUUGACCAUUGUCUUAGCCUUUUUACCUCUGGACCUUCUGUUGAAGGUGGAAAUGGAUUCCGAUAGCGACAACGUGGAAGGCGAGUCAAGCGAACCUUCAUGUUCUGCGCAGAAUGCGUCAGGGCCAAAAAGGACGCUAGCUGUGGACGAGGAGGACGAGGAAAGCCUUUCAGAAGCCCUCGCCUGGGGCAUGAUUCGGAGCAGGUGGGACAGAGAGGAUAGUGCCGAACGUAUCGGUAUGUCCACCUCAUUCUACUCUUUGUCCUCGACCAUGAGGUCGUCUUGGGAGUUUAACUUAUAGCCCCAUCGAGGUAUCUCAAAUAUUCUGUCUGAUGGUUAUUUGACACAAUGCACUACGACCAAGACCUACUCUAACUCGUCAGUUCUUCUCGCAAACGGUGUCCUUGUGCCUUGAGUUGGACUAGAUUUGCCAGAUCAGUAGUGCCCCUGUGCGUGCCAGUUCAGCUUCAGUUGUUUUACUGUUAUAUUUCCUAUUGCCUUCAAGCUUAGUAUCUUUCUUCUAUGCAGAACGGCUAGAUGGCCUGAAACGCCGUACCGUGCACCACUCCGCUUCUUCGGAUCUUCUCAGCAUGUCAGAAUACCUAAAGGAGAGCGAGAAACAAUUCCCCGAACGUCAGCCUGGUAUAAAGAGGGUAAGUACCUUCCGACCUGCCCCUUUGAAUCGUUGAAGUGGGAAAGCCCGAUGUGUCCUCCUUAAUUAAUGUCAAACAGAAAAAUGUGUACGGGUAGUUCGUCACUCUUACUCGAAGAGUAUCACUGUUAUCCCUUGGUGGCUCAGCAGUUUGAUGUGAUUAAACUCACGCCCCCCAGUGGGUGCGCUUGUUUGUCUGGAUGGCCUGAUUGCUGGUCCCGUUCUGGAUUGUCCUCGUUAUCUGUCAUAAUAGUGGCAAGUCCGACUCAAGCUUAUUUCAGAUUUAGGCAGUGACUGGUGUAAUUUAGGGCCUCAAUCUUGUAUGCUAAACAACCAUUUAGUCUUCGUGUAGGCCUGACGUAGCGACGCAGCCUGUUUUCGGACUUGAUUUAGGCCUGUUUUGGGGAUCAUAACAUAGCAAACCACGGCGUUCAUGUGCCUCACAACCGGAUGGGCGCAGAGACGGCGACUUGUGCGUGAAUAAGUUUGUAGUGAUAUUAGGCCUUCGCGGCAUCAGCCGCCCUUUCCUCCAUCCACUUAAGCCCCGUAUCAAGACAGUCAGGAGAACUGGAGGUAGGGUCGAGCGUAGUGGCUAACAGAGCUAAACAGCCCAUCUGCACGUGCUCCGUGCCUGGUCCGCGCCAGGUUUAACCAGGUUUUCAGGGGAACAAGAGGGCAGCCGCACGGACCCCAACUAAGUGGAAGUGUCAUAGAGACUAUAUUAAAAAGCAACCGCUGCAGCCUGCUCCUUCGUCUUGUGAACCAAGCUUUCCAGGCCACGGACUUGGGCGCCCCGUGAUGGUUUAGAAGCGCGUCAGGUUGUUUAUAGUGAGGAGUAUACGCGGAGUGCCGAGGAGACGGGGUCCCCAGAGUCGACGUCGCUUUCUACACUCCCAGGCAACAGUUCACUGCCCGAGCCGAUCACUUAUCUGGUGGAGAAAUUAGACGCAAGUUUCUGACGGAGUUCAACAGUCCAUUAACGCGUGCCUUAUACAGUAGUAAGCUGACGCAUGCUCUACGAUUGUCUACGCGGCGACUGGCCACCGUUACCCAGAGAGCUUAAAGAAUUUUGGGCCGCGGAUCAGUCUCCAAUGUACCUCUUUACCAAACACCGCGUAAUGCCAGCUUAUUUUGAGUAUUAUCGAUUACAGGUGACGUGGGCAGACGUUGAAGCAAUGCGAUCAAGAAAUCGUCGGCGAGAGCUGGGCUUCGUCGUUGGCCAAUCAUCUUCCAACCUGACUGCUGACGAUGACAACGACGACCUGAGAGCCUCCGAGGCCCUUGUCCAGAUCAAGUUCUUUUAA